AUGGCUCUUCCACUACGUUCCUCAGCUCCUGAUUCCCGCUUAGAGGAGAUUAUUCCCGGAUCAGAACGAAUUGAAGAGCUUUCAGACGAGGAGCUGGACAGCGACUACGAGGAUAUGGGAACCGCUACCAUGGAAGAGCAAGCGAACAUUGCUUACCUGGAGAGUAUAAGAAUACCAAUCAGGGACUCACUCGUGACGGACACAUCGGAAGCGGAUGAAGAAACGUCCAAGGUCAUAUUACCUUUCUUGGAAGGCAAUCCCAACAAUUUCCCACUCAACGCUUCUGGCAUGCCGAGCUUGCAGCGCCGAAAGCACGCCUACUUCUUAGAAGGACAACUUGAUGACUGGCCGGCACGCGCUGCCGCGUUGGAUGCUGCGCGACCAUGGAUCAUAUACUGGUCUCUGCAAGGCCUGACCGCACUGGGGUCUGAUAUAUCCGACUACAACAGAACAACACCACACACCGCCUCCCUGGCACAACAUCCGGAUGGAGGAUUUGGAGGUGGCUACGGACAGUACGCUCAUCUUGCCUGUACAUACGCUUCAGUACUGUCGCUGGCCACAGUCGGCGGGAAAGAAUCAUAUGAGACAAUCAAUCGCAAGACUCUAUGGCACUUCUUGGGCCGAAUGAAGCAAGCAGACGGAGGCUUCACCAUGUGUGCAGGCGGCGAAGAAGACAUUCGCGGUGCCUAUUGCGCCCUAGUCGUACUAUCCCUCCUUAACCUGCCUCUCGAGCUACCACCCGAUGCACCCGUACGAAAACAGGGCUUCACCACCUUCACAGACGGCCUGGGUAACUGGAUCUCCAAGUGUCAGUCCUGGGAUGGCGGCAUCUCCGCAGCUCCAGGCAACGAAGCUCACGGAGCCUACGCAUUUUGUGGACUAGGCAGUCUCGCCAUCCUCGGCCCACCAAAAGAAACGCUUCACAAGUACCUGGACGUCAACAUGCUGAUCUACUGGCUAUCGUCGCGCCAAUGCACACCAGAAGGUGGAUACAACGGCCGCACAAACAAGCUCGUCGACGGCUGCUAUUCCCACUGGAUCGGCGGCUGUUGGUCUAUUACCGAAGCUGCAACCACGACAGGACUAUGGAACCGCGGCGCACUUGGCAGGUACAUCCUAGCCGCGUGUCAAGAGAACAAGGGUGGACUGCGAGAUAAGCCUGGCAAAGGCGCAGACGCAUACCACACUUGCUACAAUCUGGCUGGGCUGAGUGCGGUGCAGCACAAAUACGCCUAUGAUGAGAAUGUAAACAAGACUCUUGGUACGGGUACCUUUGGCGCACCUUUCCAUUGGAAGAUGGAGGGUCGUUAUGACGGUGAGGACAAGAUGUGGGAUGAGGGUGAUGCAGUGAGGGCGGUACAUCCUGUAUUUGUCAUUCCCUUUAUGUCGGUAUAUGAGACAAGGAAGUACUUUGAGGAGAAGGAGGGGUUUUGA